CAACUGUGUAAAAAUGAUCCACAUGUACAUGCCAAAUGUCAAGCUCUAGUGCAUUGAUUAUAAUAAAGGAUUCUAUAUACUCCGGGUUUGUUCGAAUAUUAUUUAUGGCCAUGAUGAAAGAAAUAGACAUAGCCAGAAACAAGCUGCUGAUUUACGAGCAUGAACACGUCUAUGAUCCCGUCUCCGGCCGGCCGCUCACCGGCGCCUGGAUUUGGGACUCCGCCCUCUUCCUCUCCGAAUGGUUGAUAUCAUCCCCGGCUCGGCGGGCGAGCUUCGACUUCGCGGGAAAAACUGUGAUCGAGCUCGGCGCCGGGGCGGGGCUUCCCGGCAUGGCGGCGGCGGCGGUGCUCGGGGCCCGCCGGGUGGUGCUGACGGAUGUGGAGGCGUUGGUCCCCGGGCUGAAGAAAAACGUGGAGGCGAACGGGCUCGGGGACAGAGUCGAGGUGAGUCGACUCGUGUGGGGAUCGGGAGAGUGGCCGAGUCGACUCGCCUGGUUGGAGGCGGCGGCGGACGUGGUGCUGAUGUCGGACGUGAUGUACGACGCGGAGGCAAUGGAGGGGCUGGCGGAGACGGUAAAGAAGGUCUGCCGCGAGGGUACGAAGGUGUGGGCGGCAACGGAGGUGAGGGCGUACACGGGGGAUUGCCUCGCCGAGUUGGAGAAGGCGGGAUUUGGAAUCCUUCAACUUCCGAGUCAACUCGGCGAGGGAUUGCCGCACCGUUUUGACGAAUUCGUAAUAUUUGAGCUGAUCCCUCCCACAAGGAAAGAAAGUUGAAGAUAUAUGGUUCUUGAAUAUACUGGAUUUUUAAUU